CUGCAAAAACUACUGUCAACACUAUAUAUAAGGUCCACUCUCUCAGGAUCUUCAUUUCUACAGUCUCUGAAAGAAAAAAAGAGAAACAUAUUGAGCCAGGAAACGAUGCCGUACUACACGAGGAGCGAAGACGACGUGAAUGAUUUCGACGAGUUCGAUCCAACACCAUACGGUGGUGGAUACGACUUGGCCUUAACGUACGGGCGACCCCUCCCACCAUCCGAUGAAACCUGUUACCAGAACAGCGCAAUCGCCGAUGAUGAUGUCGAUUACGACCGCCCCAACUUCACCUCAUAUGCUGAACCAUCUGCCUACAAUGAUGACAUUCUCCAAGAGGAAUACAACAGCUAUUCCCGACCCAAGCCCCGACCUGGUUUCAUUCCUGGUGGUGGUAUUGGUGGGGAUCCGUAUUCUAGGCCUCACGCUGCUCCUGGAUUCCAGCCUGGAUCUGGUGGGUAUGGUGGUGUAAGUGAGUAUGAGAAGCCAUCGGGUUAUGGUCGGAGACCUGAUUCAGAAUAUGGGUCUGGUGGAUAUGGCGGAGGAACCGAGUAUGAGAGGCCAUCUGGUGAGGAUUAUGGAUCUGGACAUGGCAGGAAACAGGAUUCUGAAUAUGGCUCUGGUGGUUAUGGCCGGAGACCGGAGUCAGAAUAUGGAUCUGGUGGUGGAUAUGAAAGGCCAUCAAGUGAGGAAUAUGGAUCUGGGUAUGGAAGGAAACAAGAAUCUGAAUAUGGAUCUGGUGGGUAUGGCCGGAGACCCGAGGCUGAGUACGGAUCUGGGUAUGGAGGGAGACCCGAGACUGAGUAUGGAGGUGGUGGUGGUUCGGAGUAUGGAGGCGGGUACGGGAGGAAGCCAAGUUAUGGGGAGGAAGGAGGGUACGGAGAGAGGACUGAAUAUGAGAGGCCAAGUUAUGGUGAUGAUCCACCUAGGAGGCCUGGUUAUGGUAGGCAAGAUGAUGAGUAUGAGAGGCCAUCUUAUGAGAGAAAGAGUGAUGAUGAUAAUGAUGGUUCUCGCAGGAAGUAUGGUGGUGAUGAUGAUGAGAAAGGUUAUCAGAAGAAGUAUGGUGGAUAUGGUGAUGAUGAUGAGGAAGGUUCUCGCAGGAAAUAUGGAUAUGGUGGUGAAGAAGAGAGCUAUGGCCGUAAAAAAUAUGGAGAUGAUGGCUCUGAUGAUGAUGAAAAGAAGCACCACCGCCACAAGCACCACCAGCACAAGCACUCUGAUGAUGAGUGAUGCCCCAGCUGUCAAUGGGAUUCAUGCCAUUAUUGGCUCCUAAGUAAAGUAAAGAGCAGCUGUUGAAGAGCUUUUGUAGUGUUUUCCCUAAUGCGGCAUUAAUAUGAUCAAUGCCACUAGUAGCUAUCAGGCACUGUUUCCUUUUUAGCAGUGCCUUCCAUCUGUGUGUUCUAUGUGAACUCAAAUAUGUUCUCUGUAUGUGAUCCUAAAUAAAAUUCCAAACCUAUGAGUUUGAUGUGUUACUUAA